UAGCUGGCGGCUGAGGAGUGAGCGAGGUGAGGGGUGCGGGGGAGACAGAACGAGAGGGAGAGCGAGCGAGAGAGGCGCAGCCGUUGGACCCUGGCCGUCGUCGUGGUGUGCGGUGCCGGGAAGAGAGCCGUCGCUGGGGAAGGCAGUUGAUCUCCCACAAUGUCGUUCAUAUUUGAAUGGAUCUACAAUGGCUUCAGCAGUGUGCUGCAGUUUCUAGGAUUAUACAAGAAGUCUGGCAAGUUAGUCUUCCUGGGUUUGGAUAAUGCUGGCAAAACCACUCUUCUGCACAUGCUAAAAGAUGACAGAUUGGGCCAGCAUGUUCCUACACUGCAUCCAACUUCAGAAGAGUUGACCAUUGCUGGAAUGACAUUCACAACUUUUGAUCUUGGUGGACAUGAGCAAGCUCGACGUGUUUGGAAGAACUACCUACCAGCAAUUAAUGGGAUUGUCUUUUUAGUGGAUUGUGCAGAUCACCCACGUCUUAUGGAAUCCAAAGUGGAGCUUAAUGCACUAAUGACUGAUGAAACAAUAUCCAAUGUGCCGAUUCUUAUCUUGGGUAACAAAAUUGACAGACCAGAAGCUAUCAGUGAGGAGAAGCUGCGAGAAAUUUUUGGACUUUAUGGACAGACCACAGGAAAGGGAAAUGUGCCACUGAAGGACUUGAACACACGCCCCAUGGAAGUGUUCAUGUGUAGCGUACUGAAGAGACAAGGCUACGGUGAAGGUUUCCGUUGGCUAUCGCAGUACAUUGACUGAUAUUUGGAGAGAUGGAUCUACUUCUGGACUGAUCCUGCUCACAGCUUCCUUAUGGACUUUUCUAUUAGAACAUGGAAGGCUCUCCGACCGCAUCCUGGCAGUGACCCAGAGAUCCCUGUCUUCAGUUACCCUACAUCACAGUGGUGACACAAUUCUUUUCCUCUUGCCUGGGAGAUUACACUCUGUACGCUGGUGCAGGCUGUCACUUCCGGCUGCCAUUGCUUCCUGUGUAAGCCAUGGCUUUCAGUCACAGUGGGACUGGUGAGCUGGGGUGCAAAGCUCUGCACACGGUACUCUAGUGGCUGAAAAAGGGAACAUGUCUCACCACUGUGGCCAAUUGACUUUAAAAAAAGCAAUUAUAUUUUUUAAAGAAAGUGUUUAAUGUAAAUGGUGUCCCUUUUA